AUGAUCCAACAGACGAUCGACAACAUCAGCAGCACGACACGCAGCCUCGGCAUCGUGAGCAUCGCGCACCGGCUCAGCACCAUCCGCAACUCCGACCUGAUCUACGUCUUAAGCCGAGGCCAGGUCGUAGAGCAGGGCAACCACCAAAGCCUCAUGGAGAAGAAGGGCGUCUACUAUGCGCUCGUCGCGGCCCAGGAGUCUUCUCAAAAGGCGGAGGAAGCCGAGGAGCUCGAGCUGCCGAACCAGCCGACCGUGGCCGUUCUCCGACAGAACACUGGCCAGAGCGAUGAGUCGGAGAUGGCUCGGAAGGAGCGCAUGAAGAAGGAAGAAGAGGACAGGGAGAAGCAGAUCACCGACAAGUACAAAGUGCCGAUGUCUCGACUCCUGGGAUACAACAAACCGGAGUGGGCCUUCUUCGUGCCGGCCAUUUUGGGUGCUUUGAUCGAGGGUUCGGCAGCUCCCAUCUGCGCCUUGGCGCUGGUGGGGUCCAUGGACGCCUUCUUCAAGCUGGAGUUCGCGACUGUGCGGGACGAGGCCCGUGACGACAUCGUCUUCCUUUGCUUCGUUUUCAUUAUCAUCGCGGCCUCCGUGCAAAUCGGCAACAUCAUCGAGCAUGGCGGCUUUGCUGUCCUGGCAGAGUCCAUGACCGCGAGGCUGCGGGUGGAUAUCCUGAAAGCCAUCUUCCGCCAGGAGAUCGGUUUCCACGAUGAUCCCGAGAACACCCCGGGCAUGAUGUCCAAAGCCUUGGAGCUCUGGGCUUUCCGAGUGAGCACACUUUGCAAAUCUAUUGGCGCCAAGGCUGCGGCCAUGAGCUCCGUGCUCGUGGGCGUGAUCAUAGCAUUCAUCUACUGCUGGCAGAUGGCGUUGGUCAUGCUCGGCACCGUGCCCAUUAUGAUCGCUGCAAAUUCCGUGCAGAUGCUGGUCAUGCUCGGAGCCUCCAAAGUAGACAACGAGGGAAUCAAGCAUGCCGCCCAGAUCGUCAGCGACUCUGUCAUGAAUGCUCGCACCGUCCAGGCCCUCGGCGUGGAACAAAGCCUGGUGCAGAUGUACACCUCACUGGUCGGCAAGUCCACGAAGGGCAUGUGGACCCGGAAUUUCCUUGCCGGUCUCGGCUUCGGCGUUGCCUCUGGCGUGAUGUUCUUCGUUAUCGCCGGGGGUUUCUACUAUGCCUCGGUCCUGAGGAGGGAAGGCGUGGCCAGCUUCAACGACACCAUGAUGGCCUUCAUGGGCAUCUUCUACGCAGGGUUGGGUGCCGGACAGGCUGCUGUGUUUAUGGGCGAUGCAGCAAAGGCCAAGGUAGCUUGCCACGACAUGUUCAAGCUGCUGGACCGCGUCUCCAAGAUCGACGGCCUGGAACCCAAGGGCGAAAUUCCGAGCAAGCUGGAUGCUGGAACCAUCGAGUUCGAAGCUGUGAAGUUCUUUUACCCCUUCCGGCCAGAGGUCCAAGUUCUCAAGGGGGUGAACUUCAAGAUCCAGGCAGGUCAGUCCGUCGGCUUGGUCGGCCCUUCCGGUGGCGGCAAGAGCACCUGGCUCUUUUUUGUCGGAUAA